AUGGACAUGGAAUCUCAACCCAUGCUGGGCAUGGCUUUGGGUGGGCUGGUCCUGAUCUGUGGAGUCAUCUCGGUUUGGCAAUGUUUCAAGUGGCUGACAGGGCCAAAACGAACUCCAGCACCGCUUCUUGCAGACACAGAGCUGACCGAAGGGGACCCAGUCCAUGGUGAUCAACCCACCAGUUUGUGGAUGGGAGGGACUGGGCCAGCGCGUGAGCUGAUGUCUGGCACAUCGGCCGGCUUUACGCAGUUUUAG